UUGAUAUUUUCUUUCUUUUUUCGUCUUGUACCGACUCACAUGUAUUUGAGAACGAAAACGCUAUUGAAAGGAACCACGAGAAAUAUGGUGGUUAGAAGUGGAUUUUAGUUAUCAGUGUUCUUUUGUUCUAAAGAUUUAUGGUGGACUGAGACGUAAAUGUUGUCUGUAUGGUAUUGCUAACAUUGGAUAAAACCUAACGAAAAUGUCUUCUAUGCAUUUCGUUGUUCAUCCUUUACCUGGGACAGAGGAUCAACUGAUAGAUAGACUUCGAGAAGUUGCUGAGAGAUGGAACAGAUUUGGAACUGGUGCGGGCUCCACAGCACUGAGCUCUUUGAGAGGAGUGCGUGCUGUGGCUGCUGGUCCAGCUCAUAUAGCCUGCUUACUAGAAGAUGGUACAAUAUGUCGGGCUGCAUUCUCAAUCAUACCUGAUAGAUUGGAUUUGAGCAAGGCUGAUGCAAGUAAAAAUGGAGGAAAUGGUGGUGGUGGUAGUGGAGGAGGUGGAACAAGUGGUGGGAAGCAAGGGGGGAGUGGAAGUGGCUGUGGCUCACGUCAGCAGCCACGCACAAGAGCAAGAAUCAUGAGAAAUUCCAUCAGAGCAGCUCCAAGCUCACAAGGCUCAACAAGUCGUGCGACGGGCGUUAUAAUUGGGGCUUCAGGUUCAGGCCGAGUAGUGUCUGCAGUGCCUGCCCCUUUUGUGCCUGAAGAUUUGGUGACUCAAGCCCAAGUUGUAUUGCAAGGGAAAAGCAGAAGCCUUAUCAUACGAGAGUUGCAGAGGACAAACCUGGACGUUAAUCUAGCAGUGAACAACUUGCUGUCGCGUGACGACGAGGAAGGGGAAGAACCUGAAGGCGGUGAGGGGGGCGAUGGAUAUGUACCGGAGGAUCUCAUCUCACUUCUCGAUGGCGGUUUCCACGCUAGUCAGCAGGACCAGUCUGUCAUCAUCGACGCAGACGCCAUGUUCUCCGAGGACAUCUUCGGGUACGCGGCUAUCAGAAGUCGCAGUGGGGGUGGCAGUGGUAGUGGUGGCGGCCGCGCAGGUGCCAGCCGUGAGAGCAGCAGUUCAGCUCAAGAAAGACCUUCUGAAUUUAGUCGCUGGCGUGAACGUCAAUACUUCGGACCACGUCGGUGGCUCGAAUCUGCUCUCCGUGACACUUCUUGGGAUAAAGAAGGGGUUGAAAACAAAAAGAAAGAUUCUGCAAUGACAGCGUCACCUCUUUGGGUAUCUGAAGAAUUGGAGUAUUGGGAUAGCAAUAUUCGUUUCACACAUAUUGCAGCAACUUACAGCGAAUUAAUUGCUGUCUCUACAUAUGGGCAAAUACAUCAAUGGCGUUGGGCUGAUCCACAUCCAUAUCAAAGGAAUGAUACUUUGGGCAAUAGCGCUUACCAUCCACGUAGUAAUUACCUGGGCUUGGUUUCGGGGGAAAGAAUUGUAAAUAUCAGUGCUGCUGGAAUAAGAAUCUCGGUUUUGACUGACACUGGACGAAUUGCAACAUUCUUGGACGAGUCUAUUGCUCACGCACCUGGCGCUACACGUUUGGAGCAUCCACUACAGACAUUUACUGAGUUUGGUUCAGAUAAACCUAUUUCUCUUCAUGUAUGUUCAUUGUAUACUGUUGCAAGAUUGGACUCUGGAGCAUUGUAUUGGUGGGGUGUAUUGCCACUCGGACAGCGUGCUCGGCUUUGGGAGAAACAUCGUGCUCGAUCUCGUAAACAACAGCGUGGUCACUCCUCGACCACUCCUCAAGAUCUGCAGGCAGGACAAAAUGUUACUAUGAAAAAUGCACCCAUGUACCAGCCAGGAGCUGUUGGAUUUAACAUGUCGACUGGAGUACCUAAAGUGGGUAUUUUACAAAAUGCUGCUUGGAAUCUAUCAGACACUUGCAGAUUUAAGCUCCUACCAGCACCACAGCCUGAUCGCUCAGUAUCUGACAAGGAUAAAAGAGAUUUGCAGAACCAAUCUCCUCUCACUGUAUCAUCAGUGAAAGCAUCAUCAUCAAGCAGUUCAAAUAAAGACAAUGCAAAGGAUAGUAAUAAAGACAUGGCGGACCGUUUGGACAUGCCCCCACCACCAAGUCCUGCAUCUUCUACCUGCAGCGACACCAGUACAUCCCACAAGCAACAAAUAAUGUCUGUUUUGCAAGAACGCUGCGACGGUAACAGAAAUAUUCUUCAUGCAUGUGUGCAUAUGUGUGCACCAACAUCCAACAAGGAACCUGACAUAGUUGAAAAUCCUUCUAUGCCAAAUAUACCGAACGCCUCGAGUGGCGCAAGUAAUGAAGAGGCUGUUCCAGCUCUUUCCUGGCCGGGGCCAGAAACAUUUGAAGCAUCUGGAGAUGAGGACAGCUUGAUGGGAAUAAAUAAUGGCAAAAUGUCGAACAGCGGUAACGGUGGGUCGGUGAGCGCGGACCCGGCGGAGCGGCGCGGCAACGCGCUGGCGGCGCUGCGCGCGCUUGCCGAGAGUGCGGCCCUGCAGCCCUACUUGAUGCAACUCCUGACUGCCAAGGAUGGUAUGGGCCAAACUCCACUGAUGGCUGCAGUUGCAGAGCGCGCUUACCGCGCUGCACUUGUGCUAUUGGACGCGAUACGUGCCUGCUCAGAAGCGGAUGAAAUGCAACGUUCCGCCGCUAUAUUUCCGCCCAAUGCACAUCCGGAUCACUCACCGCUCUUGGUACUCUGCUGUAAUGAUACUUGCAGCUUUACUUGGACAGGACAAGAUCAUAUCAAUCAGGAUAUCUUUGAAUGCAAAACUUGUGGACUUACUGGGUCUUUAUGUUGCUGCACCGAAUGCGCUAAGGUGUGCCAUAAGGGUCAUGAUUGUAAACUUAAACGCACAUCUCCAACUGCAUAUUGUGACUGCUGGGAGAAGUGCCGUUGUAAAGCAUUGGUUGGCGGAAAUUGGGCCGCUCGAUGCGAUCUGUUGGCUCGACUGGCCAGAGACACGCAGCUCGCUACACACUUUAAUUCUAGAGGUGAAUCCAUCCUCCUCUUCCUAGUUCAAACUGUUGGACGUCAAGCGGUAGAACAGCGACAAUUCAGAGCAGGAAGUGGCCGCGCCCGUGGUCCUAGAAAGCAGCCCGGGUCUGAUGCAGAAUUGGAUGUACCCGAUCAUGACUUGGAGCCCCCGCGGUUCGCUAGACGUGCACUAUUGCAUUUGUUAGCUGUUUGGCCGGCUGUAGAGACUGCUAUAAUGUGCGGCGCUAAUGCUAAUGAAACUGAAGGUCCAUCAAGCUCUUCACACCAGCAGUCGGGCACAACACUUCUCGACAAAUUCACACAUGCUCUUAUUGUAAAGUGCACAAAUGAGAUGCUCGACACUUUACUGCACACUCUGAUAAGAGAACAGAAAAACGACUCCAUCCCAGGACGCGCAGAGCGUGCCCGGGAGGUUACGCGGCGAUUCGUGCGUUCCGUCGCGAGGAUAUUUGUUAUAUUUAGCGUUGAAAUGGCGCCUGGAGCAGCUAAGAAAAAAGGGCCUGUUUCGAUUACUUCAUCACUAGUACGUUGCCGUCGUGUUUUUGCUGCCUUAGUUGCUUUAGCCGUGGAAGAAUUGGUGGAAGCGGCAGAUGCAUUGCUAGCGCCCGUCCGAUUGGGCGUAGUGCGUCCUACAGCCCCAUUCCCAUUAGCCACUACUUAUGUAGACCUUGUAAAUGGAAGUGAAGAUUUAUUUGGUGUUGAGCCACUCUCCACCGGUCAUCCGCGUCAUGCACAUGCACGCAGAGAAUCAAAUGUGAAUGGUGGUCGUGCUGCAGCCACAGGAGGCACUUCAAUAGGCAGCUCCACUUUGGUACCGGACAGAUCAUCUACACCUGUCGCUACUGAGUAUGCAGAUGAUGUUACGGGUGAAGCGCUGGGUGGUGAUGAUGAUGCUUCAGAAACCGAUGAGCCUAAUACACCAGCUCCUACUCAACAGCCUGACGCUCAACAUCAUGACGACGCUAUGGGUGAUAGGGGAGCUGAUCAACAUGUUGUAGUUGAAAAUGGAACAGAGCGCGCUGAAGGAGGAGAAAGUGAGAGUGAACUAGAUAUGUUAGCAGAGGUGGAAACUGAGAGUGACUCUGAUGAUCAAGACAAUGCGGAAUCGGCGCAGCGUAGUGUGCAGACUGGCGCUACACAAGGUUCCGACGCCGGAAUAGCGUCGCUACUAUUGUACCCAGAGGACGAGAGCGGCGAUUCUACGCAGCCUGAGGACGAGGACUCGGAGGCCGGCGAGACGGAUGAGCAGGAGGGCGAGACGGAGCCCCCGCUCCAUGAUGGAGAGACUUUGGAGCGACGGGCCGCACCACCCACCAGAACAAACUUGGCUCCACAUUCUAUGCAAUGGGCUAUACGAUCACGAGAAGCUUUACGCGGUGGAUCAAGCGGCACCAGCGGAGUGCGACUGACAAGCGGAUCUUCACUAGUAUUCAUAGACCCGGCGUCAUUGCGUCGCUCUGCUGCGGCGGCGGCUGCUGGCGCGCACGAUCCACAUUCAACUUCCACCACUGCGUCCUUCUUGGCCAGGGCUUUUGGUAUCGUAAUUCGACAAAUUGCUGAUUUAUUAUGGGAGUAUGAAAGAGCUCCACUGCAGUUAUUGCGAUUAUUACCACUGGCGUACUCUGAUGCAUUACGACUACAAUGUUAUUUGGAGAGACAGCUCAAACCAACUUGGGAUUGGCUUGUCACAGUCAUGGAUGCUACCGAAGCGCAACUCAGAUUUGGAGCGUCCCUAACGUCGAACAACGCAAGUACGACUACCCCGGAGACUGGGCGGGCAGCGGCACCAACAACACGUCGCACCACAUUCACAACGCCCGCUACACGCAUCAUUGGCUUCUCAGAAGGGCCGCGUGCCAGAGAUCGCGAUCAAGGCGUGGAAGCCGGCAGUGCGCGUCGCGAGUUCCUCGCGUAUUGUCUGUCAUUGUUGCGCGCGCACAGCGCUGAGCAUGCUGAACAACUGCCCGUGCUGGACGUGGCUGCUCUCAAGCACGUGGCCUACGUGCUCGACGCGCUCGUGUACUACAUGCGAGCGGCGCAACCGCAGCCGCACCAUCAUCACCACUUGUGGACACCGGAUGAAAAUGAGAACGAGGAAGGUGAAGAAGAAAUGGUAGUAGGCGGCAGUACAGCCGCUGAAUCUGAUAGCGAAGGGGAGAAUGGUCGCGGACGGCAGCACUCAUUCUUCCAACGUACGGAUUCUACACUUUGCCUCGGCUGUCCACCACCUGAUCCUUUCAAUAUGACAAUGCAGGAUGCAUUACCGCUCGCCGAUCAGCCGCAAUUGUUGCAACCUAAUGCACGUAGAGAAGAGUUGUUCGGAAUGCCACGUCAGCCUGUUACUGUACCGACUUCCGGUGAUGGACCACCAGGCAUCAAUAAUCCGCUUGAAGUGGUGCCCCGUCGUCUAGGCCUCUCGUCGCGCGGGCCGGAGCGCGGCUGGUCGCCGCCCGCGCGCCCCGCCUCCGCGCCGCCCGCGCACUCGCACACGCUCGCCAGGGACGAGCCACAGGACUUAUCUUGCGCUAAAGAUACUGUUGCGAAAAUGGAUAUCGACACUGAUGGCGAAUAUUUAUCGGAUUCUGACUCAAAUGAAGCAAGACAGAUACCUAGGAAAAAACAUCAUAGGCAUCCGCAUUUGAAUACACAUUCAACUAAUAGCAACCCAGUUCACGACUCGAAUUCUUCAAGUUCGGAAUUCCACACAUUAGUUAAUACUGCUUGUUCUAUUAUGGAAGGACCGCAUCAGCAGGCUAUGAACAUAUCACCAUCUCCAGGUCCUAGCGGCCUGAACACCUCAUCGCAAGAGCCGCGUGCAUCAUCAGCGCGAAGCCCUGGAAAGUCCGUUAUUGUACGUGCUGGCGAGCUGUUGAGCGCGGCGGACCCGCUAGAGUCGCAAGAGAUUUCUGCACACGUAACGGUAGAAACUACCGGCUUACCACCCCCGCCGACUCUACCACCGCAAGGAAUUAACGCUCCGCCGCAACCUCGCGCAUGUCCAUCACUUGGUGCGUCGGUGUCGCACGAUCUGCUGUUAGGCAGAUGGAGAUUGUCCCUUGACCUGUUCGGGCGGGUCUUCACUGAGGACGUGGGCCUCGAACCCGGCUCUGUAGUAUCGGAACUAGGCGGUUUCCCAGUUAAAGAAGUCAAGUUCCGACGAGACAUGGAGAAACUGAGGAAUUCACAACAACGGGAUUUAACAUUACAUAAGAUGGAACGUGAGCGCGCGAAGCUGCUGCAGCAGACGUUCGCAGAGCUCAACAGCGCGUUCGCCGGACAGAACCGGCGGGCGCACAGCGCGCAGCCGCCGCUCGCCGUCAACCGGGUCAAGGUGACGUUCCGCGACGAGCCCGGCGAGGGCAGCGGCGUGGCGCGAUCCUUCUACACCAGCGUCGCUGAGGCCCUAUUAGCAAAUGAAAAGUUGCCGCCAUUAGAACCAACGACGGGAAGCGGCAGCAAUAAUAGUACAACAAAUGGGACUUCCGGCUCGGCAAGUGGCACCGCGGGUGGAGCCAGUACUAAUAGCGGAGCCAGAAGCAGCAGCGGUGCCGGUCGAGCGAGAGCGAAAGACCCCGCGCGGCGAGCGGCCGGCCGGCCCGCCCCGCGCCCGCCCUCCGCCCGCGAGCCGCGCCGCGUGCUCAGCGUGGAUGCGCGCCCUUACUCUCCACAGGGAGCCCCAGGAACAGAAGGUGCCGGAUAUAGCGGAGAAAGAUCCGGUGGACACAAUGACCACUUAACAGUACAUCAAGCACAGUUAGGCGAAAGACUUUAUCCGAAGGUUCACUCCUUGCAUCCAACGUUUGCGGGCAAGAUCACUGGAAUGUUAUUGGAAUUGACACCGGCGCAGCUACUCGUUUUACUUGCGAGUGAAGACGCACUGAGACAGAAAGUUCGAGAAGCUAUGGAUCUCAUAGUUAUGCAUCCCUCUGAAGCGAUUUUAGAUCUAGAUGUGUUCUCGCUGUCGGAGCGCGGCGGCGGCGCGCUGAGCGCGAGCGGCGCGCACGCGGCGCCCGACGACGCGGCGCCGCUGUUCUACUCGCCCGGCAAGCGCGGGUACUACUCGCCGCGGCAGGGACGCGCCACGCCGGAGAGAAUUAACGCCUUUAGGAAUGUUGGACGAAUCAUAGGUCUAUGUUUAUUACAAAAUGAACUAUGUCCGAUGUUCCUCAACCGCCACGUGUUGAAGUACGUACUCGGCCGCAAGAUUCGAUUCCACGAUUUGGCCUUCUUCGAUCCGGUUGUCUAUGAAAGCCUGCGACAGCUCGUCGUUGACGCAGAGACUGGUGACUCACAUUCACUAUUUGCUGCUCUUGAUCUCAAUUUUAGCCUGGAAAUGUGUGAAGAAGAAGGAGGUGGAUGUGUAGAAUUAGUUCCCGGUGGUCGCGAGAUUGAAGUGACUGCGCUCAAUGUUUACGACUACGUGCGCAAAUACGCGCAACACCGUAUGGUCAUCUCUCAGGAAAAGGCGCUCGAGGCGAUGCGUGUUGGCGUUCUGGACGUCCUACCGGAAUCGGCCUUAGAAGGACUCACAGCGGAAGACUUGCGCCUUUUAUUAAACGGUGUCGGCGACAUAAAUGUUGCCGCUCUUGUAUCUUACACUAGUUUUAAUGACGAAAGCGGUGAGCCGCCAGAAAGACUUGCUAGGUUCAAGCGUUGGUUAUGGGCUAUAGUUGACAAAAUGACUCACCUGGAGCGGCAAGAUUUGGUAUAUUUCUGGACGGGAUCGCCAGCCUUACCAGCUUCAGAAGAUGGCUUCCAACCCAUGCCGUCAGUCACCAUACGUCCUGCUGACGACGCACACCUUCCCACCGCUAAUACUUGUAUUUCGAGACUAUACAUACCUCUUUAUUCCUCACGACAUGUUCUCAAACAUAAAUUAUUACUUGCUAUUAAAACUAAAAACUUUGGCUUUGUCUAGAUGUCCGCGUUGUACCGCCGUUUACAUAAUUUAGGUUUAAGCUCAGUCAUUAAAGACUGCCGUUGUAAUCUACUCGUAUUGUAUGAUACUUGUAUGUUUAUCACCAUAAUAUAGAUCUACUGGAAAAUCAAUAGCGUUUAUUGCAUACAUGAAUGUAUGUUUUGUAUAUUUCAGACUUUUCUUAUGUGUUUUUAUGACAAGAAUCAGACUGAAUUUUAUUUCUAAUUCAGCAUAAAUCUUAAAACUUGAUUGGCCCGCACAAUUCUUUCUUUUUGAUUAGUUCAUUAGAUUUAUAUAUUAUAACUAGUUACAAACUAGGAAUUGCGAAAAGUUCGAGGUAAACAUCUCAGAUUAAUAUUCAGGAUUGUUAUGUUAUCAGUGAGUGUCUCUUUUGUAUAACAUUUUUAAUAACUACAAUUCAUUAGUCAUUAAUUCCAUAGCUACUCCAUCAUUAUACUAGUAGAGAUAAAAAUAAAAUCAUCCGUUUUUGUUUUCUAAAUUUUUAUUUCAAACAGUAAAAUAUAACUUUGUAUAUUACUUUAUUGACUCUUAUACAAUUUUGUAAGGAAUUUUAAUUUACCACAUUUUAAAUUUCCUUUCUUAUAACUAAACUAUUUAUUUGACUGAAUGAAAAACUAAUACAAGAAUAUAACUAGUGAAGCUUCAAAUAGAAAGUAUAGAAGAAUUUAGAAUACUAUGAAUAUUCUGCUAUAUAUUUUAUUGGGUUUGGAUAGAGUGAAGGCGAAUUCCAGUAAUAAUGGAUCAUGUGAUAAAAGAGGAAGUAUUAUGCGCCUCUAUCUCUAAAUUUAAGAUUAUAUUAGUUUUCACUUUGAUUAGUUAAGAUUCAUAAUAAAUACUUCUUAAAAUGCU